AUGGGGCCUGGGAGCCUGCUGUCCGGGCUGCUCUUGGCCCUUGUGCUGGCGACAGGUUCCAAGCCACAGGAGCAGCUGCCCAGGGAGUCCCACAUCCUCAACUGGAACAAGUUUUCAGGCUUCUGGUACAUUCUGGCUGUCGCCUCUGAUGACCAGGGAUUCUUGCCAGGCAGAGAGCGGAGGAAGCUUGGGGCAUCCUUGGUGAAGGUCCACAAAGCCGGCCAGCUGAAGGUGGUGCUGGCUUUCAGCCGGUCACAGGGGUGCCAGGCACACACGGUAAUUCUGCGGAAAGAUAGGAAAAAGGCCAUGUUCAGGAACACCUGUGCGUGGGCGGGGGGCCCACGGGGCCCAGGACCCUUGGCCUGGGGUGGUGUGAAAGGGGUGGAGGGCUUCCACGUGCUGUCUACCGACUACAGCUCUGGUGUGGUCUACGUGCGCCUGGGCCGAGCUGGCCACGCCUCCAGGACCCUGCUGUUCUUCAGCAGGCAGAGCAUGUCCAGCUUCCCGAGCAUGAAAAAAUUCGUAGACAUAUGUGAGAUUCUGGAGCUUGCAAAUGGUGUGACUGUCCUCCCAAAAGACGGUAACACGCGGCCACGAGCCCUUCUAGCCCUGGACCCACACCUGCAAUGCCAGGAAGAGCCAAGGCCUGCUGUGGGCAGCCUGGCCCCGCAGAGCAGCCCCCCAGGACCUGUCUCCCUCCUGCAGCCUCCUGUGCGCACACCAUCCGGCCCUGAGCACCAUCAAGUCGUCCACUCGCCCUUUCCGUGGCUUUUAGCGCUUCGGGGGCAGGCACUGGGGGGCACGCCUGUGCAGGGCAAGCCCUUCGGAACCAUGCACAUUUCCUUCAGUGCUGUUGUCAACACUGCUCUUUGA